AUGCAGAACAACAUUGACUUGGGGCAAGACAAGACGGAGGACGAGCUCGCUGCGGCCGAACAACUAAUUCGAAUGGUCCAGUCAGCUGCAAACCUGGUCAACAACCAGGGGACUAGCGCUGCUAGUUCCUCUCGUCGCUCCUGGGACUUUCCUGUGCCACCCUUCAACGGAACCCGCCUGGACACAUACUUCGCCAUGCUCGAGCGACGCUUCGCCAGCUUCGGGAUCCAGGACGAGGACACCAAGUACAUGGUACUUUGUGAUGCCGUAUUCAAUUACGACAAGCUACCUGAGUCAGUCAACAAAUGGAUUAUCACGCAGCCAACCAAUGCACCAUACACAACUCUCAAACAGUCCAUCAUGGAGUCGCUGAAGCCCUCCAACUACACAGUCAUCAAGGCUAAGAUGCUGACCGAGGUCUGGGACACCAACAUGCUCCCAUCCGAGUUCUUACAGCGUCUCCGUACUCAUGCCGACGAGGAGACGGCUAAGAGCAGUAUCUACCUGGCUGACCUCGCCAAUGUGUGGCUUUGUGCGCUACCCAAAGCCUGGCAGCCGAGCCUGGCUAGUGUGGCGGCUGGCGAUAUUGACGUAGCCGCUAAGACUGCAGAUAAUAUUCAUCGCUUUUCAAGUAUGGAUGCUGCUAAGUCUCCUGGCUCCCAACCACCAGGCAUUUUCGCUACCGCCGCCCAGCCCAACAUACCUGAAGUCUCUGCUGUCAGUAACAAUGCUGGAAAAAUUGACCCAUCUGUUGCCGCGCUCAUCGAGGUCGUCAACAAGCUGAUGGCAAGACUCGACUCAGACCAUCAAGGCAGGCAACAAUUCAGAGGAAAUAGCCGAGGACGUGGAUACGGUCGUGGCCGAGGCCGACCACGCAGCCGAUCACCAGCCGAGCUGAUGCAUGAGCCUGACCUCUGCAUCUACCAUCAUAAAUACACCAUGGAAGCCCGCCGCUGUGUUCCUGCCUGUAAGUACCAUAAACAGUUUUUGGCCGUGCAGAAGAUGGCGGAGGAAGAAGGCAAGCCGGAAAACGCCCCCGGGGAGGCCACCAGCUACAAGCUAUUGGUUGAUACGGGCGCCGACCUGAGUGUUCUGCCACGCAGCCUGCUUCCCCAGUUUGUGACUGAGUCUAGCUUCAAGCUCGCUGCUGCCAACGACGAGCCCAUCCGUACCUAUGGUUAUCACACUCUCACCCUUUCCCUUGGCCUGCGCCGUGACUUUGAGUGGGUGUUUGUUGUUGCGGAUGUGACCAGCGCCAUUCUUGGAGCAGACUUUCUUGCCCAUCACAAGUUAGCAGUGCAUUUAGACGAUAUGGUGCUCGAAGACAAGGUGACCGGACUAAAAACUCCUGGAGUUAUUAGUGACCGUGAAUUGCCUGUUGUGAAAGUGGUGGAUUCAACAAAUAAAUUUUUCCUCUUGCUGCAACAGUACCCUGAGCUGUUUAAAUCUACUACACACCGAAUUGCUGUGAAACACGAUACUGUGCAUACAAUUACGACUACGGACGGACCUCCUGAAAAUGACCGAUUUCGCCGAUUGGCGCCCGACAAACUCGCCGCAGCCAAGAAACUUUUCCAAGAGAUGGAAGAUCAUGGUAUUGCGGUGCGAGGCCAGAGUUCCUGGGCUUCCCCCCUUCAUAUGGUUGCCAAGAAGGACGGUACUCUGCGGCCAGUCGGGGACUACCGCAAGCUCAAUGCUCGCACCGUCCCAGAUAAAUACCCUAUGCGUCAUCUUCAUGACUGCAGCGCCUCCCUUUUUGGAUGUCGUGUCUUCUCCAUCAUUGAUCUGUCGAAGGCUUAUAUGCAAAUUCCAGUGGACCCAAAAGACGUCCAUAAAACCGCGGUGACGACACCAUUCGGUCUGUUCCUUUUCCCGAUGAUGCCGUUUGGGUUGAAGAACGCCGGUGCCACGUUUCAGCGGUUCAUGGAUCAAGUGCUUCAGAACAUGCCUUUUGCCUUCGUGUUCGUUGACGACGUGCUGGUCGCGUCCCCGGACGAAGAAACGCACAAGACUCAUUUGCAGCAAGUAUUCGAACAGUUAUCCAAACAUGGUCUGGUGGUUAACGCUGAAAAGUGCAUCCUUGGCGCGCCCACCGUCCAUUUCCUUGGCUACGAGGUGUCUGCACUUGGUUUGCGGCCAUUGCCUGACCGCAUUCAAGCCAUUGCAGAUUACCCCGUCCCUAAAACGCGAGAAGAUCUGUCGAGAUUCCUCGGAAUGGUGAACUUUUAUCAUCGCUUUUUGCCCAGCAUCGCUGCCCACCUUGCUGCUCUCCAUGUCUUCCUCGCUGGUCCACGCAAGCCAAAGAAAACCCCCAUCCAAUGGUGCAAAGAGGCCGACAAGUCCUUCCAGGAAGUGAAGCAAGCUAUGGCCAACGCAGUCUGUCUGGCGCAUCCCAAACUUGACGCACCACUUGCCCUCGUCACCGACGCUAGUGGCGUAGCUAUCGGUGGCGUGGUGCAGCAGUUGGUUGACGACAUCUGGCAGCCACUCUCUUUCUUCAGCCGCAAACUGAGCCCUGCUGAGCGGAAGUACUCAACGUACGACCGCGAGUUGCUUGCCAUCGUCUGCGCCAUCAAGAAAUUUAAAUAUUUGGUCGAAGGAAGAAAUUUUUCCAUCUUUACGGACCAGAAGCCGCUCGUGGAGAUGUUCACAGCCAACAAGACAGACCGCCAUCCUCGCCAGGAGAGGCACAUUCAAUUUGUGAGCGAAUUCUCCACUGACAUCCAAUACGUUCCUGGCAGCGCCAACGUCGUGGCGGACGCUUUGUCGCGCAUCGAAGAGGUGACAGCGCAGCCCUUCACCUUUGCAGCCAUCGCUCGUGCCCAGCUGGACGACGCAGAACUCGAGAAGUACAAGGAGCCAACCAGCCCUCUCACCCUGCGCCUCUACCCUGUGGAAGGUUCACCUGACCUGACCAUUUGGUGCGACGUCACGACUCACCAAGCUCGCCCAUUUGUGCCUGAGCAGCUGCGACGACAAGCGUUCGACUCCCUUCACGACCUCGCUCAUCCAGGUAUUAAAUCCACAGUCAGACUCGUUUCAGACCGGUUUGUGUGGCCUAGCAUGCAGAAAGAGUGCCGCCAAUGGGCCCGCUCUUGUCUCUCUUGCCAGAAAGCAAAGGUCACGCGCCAUACCAAGGCGCCAUUGCAUCAGUUUCCGCCCACGACAGAACGUUUUUCCGUGGUGCACAUCGACCUCAUUGGCCCCCUUCCGCCGUCUGAAGACUUUAAAUAUUGCCUGACCAUGGUGGAUCGUCUAACUCGCUGGCCUGAAGUCACCCCUCUGAAGUCCAUCACCGCCGAAGACGUCAUUCGCGCGUUUAAAGACUCUUGGAUCAGUCGUUUCGGAGUGCCGAAGACGGUGGUGUGCGAUCAAGGCCGGCAGUUUACUUCCCAAAAAUUCCAGCAGUUCGCAGAGCUCGCAGGAAUUGACGUCCACUACACUAACAGUUAUCACCCCCAAGCGAAUGGAAUGGUGGAAAGGUUCCACAGGACCCUGAAGGCAGCCCUGACUUGUCACAAGACUCCCUGGUCCAUGGCCUUAACACCAGUUCUACUUGGACUGCGCUCAGUGUUGAAAGAAGACCUAGGCGGAUCCCCAGCCCAGUUCGUCUUCGGUGAAGCUAUUCGGCUGCCAGGCGAAUUUUUUGUUCCCCCCAAAAAUGAACUUUCACCUUCAGAAUUGCUUUCCAAGUUGCAGGCCCACACCAAGAAAAUUUGCCCCAUGCCAGCGUCCCACCACGGUGUUCCUUCCUGUUUUGUUCACCCGGAGUUGGCCAAUUGCACGCAUUGUUUCCUUCGAGUAGACGCGGCGCGACCUGCACUCACCCAGCCCUACUCUGGACCACACAAAGUAUUGGAGAGAGGCCCUAAGACGUUCAUUUUGGAGGUGAAUGGCAAGCAGAAGUCGGUGUCAAUUGACAGGCUCAAGCCGGCAUUCGUCCUCGCUGCCCAGCUUCCCGAGCCAGCUCCAGCAGCACCUCGACUCAUCCGUUUGGCCCCACGACGACCUCUCGCCGAGCCAGCAGCCGAGCCAGCUGAGCAACCUGAGAUGCCACCUGAGCAACCUGAGGUGCCACCUGAGCAACCUGAGAUGCCACCUGAGCAACCUGAACAACCUGAGAUGCCACCUGAGCAACCAGCAGACCAACCUGACCCACAACCAGCACUAGUCGAGCAGCAGCCGACAGCAACCGCACCGACGAGCCGGUCGACCGACCAGGCGCCACAGCAGCCGGUCCGAACGACAAGAUCAGGUCGUCAAGUGCGCUUCCCUGCCAGAUUUGUGUCCUACCAAACUUCCAGUUUGUCGGAGGGGACUCCUGUAGGGGCUACCACAGCGUGGCGCCACCGUCCAGCUGCAGCCGCUAGUGCAGUGAAAAAGUCAGACAAUUCGUGCCGUGUGCAUUCGACGUGA